AUCCCGUAAAAACAAGAAGCAGCUGCAAACGCGAAGCUUUGUCUACACACGGAGAUAGGAUUAUAGGAAGAGAAGAGAGAGAAUCCGUGUAAUAUCAGGAAACCAAGCAAGGCUUAAAAAAAAAACAAAAAAGAGAAGAGAUUCACAUUCCAAAAUGGUAGAACAACAUUAAUUUAUUUCCAUAGAGGGAACCCCCGUAUGUUUUUUUUCUUGUCUUUGGUUCAUUCCUCACCUAAAAACCAAACACAAGUACCCGGAAAGUGUGAAAAGGGAAAUCCCCAUAUGUUUUUUCCUCUUUGGCUCUGAUGUUUUUUCUUAAGUGAAGAAGAGGUGGUUUUUUUUUUUGGUAGAUGGGGAUGGAUUCUGGGAUUCAAAUCAAGGUGAUGAAUCACAGGAAAGGAGACAAUGUAGUGCAUCCGGUGCGACCAGGUCAUGCCACAUCAGCAUCGCAGCCAUCCACGUCAUCACCGCUACCUGAUGGACGGCGGAGGCAGCAUCAGCAAGGGCAGACGUACAGGCAAGGGCAGCAGGUACAAGGGUUGAUUGAGAAGCCAUUUAAAAAGUGGGUGCCUUGGUUGGUUCCAGGCUUUGUUUUGGCUAAUAUUGUCGUUUUUGUAAUUACCAUGUUCAUUAAUGAUUGCCCCAAGAACUCGGUUUCUUGUGUGGCAGGAUUCUUGGGAAGGUUUUCUUUUCAGCCUUUCAAAGAGAAUCCUCUCCUUGGCCCUUCUUCUUCUACAUUAGAGAAAAUGGGUGCUUUAGAAGUGUCUAAAGUUGUCCAUGGACAUCAGGCAUGGCGCCUGCUUGCUUGUAUAUGGUUGCAUGCUGGGGUUUUCCACAUACUUGCCAAUAUGUUGAGUCUUGUAUUCAUUGGAAUUCGGCUUGAGCAGGAAUUUGGGUUUGUGAGAAUUGGCUUGCUUUAUCUAAUUGCUGGUUUUGGUGGGAGUUUGCUGUCAUCUCUUUUUAUUCAGACUGGUAUAUCAGUUGGUGCCUCUGGUGCACUUUUUGGUUUACUAGGAAGCAUGCUUUCAGAACUCAUCACAAACUGGACAAUAUAUGUAAAUAAGUUAGCAGCAUUGUUGACUCUCAUUUUGAUUAUCGUAAUAAAUCUAGCAGUGGGAAUCCUUCCACACGUGGAUAACUUUGCUCAUAUUGGGGGAUUUCUUUCUGGGUUUCUCCUUGGAUUCGUAUUUCUAAUUCGCCCCCAGUUUGGAUAUGUUAGUCAGAAAGAUGUUCCUCCAGGAUACAUUGUCCCUUCUCGUAAACCUAAACACAAGCCAUACCAGUAUGUCCUGUGGGUUAUCUCUCUGAUACUAUUGAUUGUUGGAUACAUUGUUGGCCUAGUUCUGCUCCUUCGGGGGGUUAAUAUGAAUGAUCACUGCUCUUGGUGUCAUUAUAUGAGUUGUGUUCCGACCUCAUUGUGGAGCUGCAAAUCACAACAAGUGUAUUGUGAGUCAAGCCAGCUUGGGAAUCAACUGAACUUAACAUGCAUAAGCAAUGGGAAAAGCAACAUCUAUGCAUUAUCAGAUGAAAAUUCUUCUCAGGUUCAGCAGCUAUGUUCUAAGCUCUGCAGUUGACCCUCAAGCAUGUACAGGAUAAGAUUUAUUUUUAAAAUUAUAUAAAAUUCGAUGCAGUUGUUAAUUUUGAAUAUGUUACAUGUUCAUUUUCAAUAUAUUAGAUGAGAAUAUUUCUCCAAUGACAGGUGCUCUUUGCUUCUUA